UUGGUAAUACUACCUGUUAAUUGUCAAGGAACAAGAUUUGAUUACAAUUAAUUACACAGGUUAACAGUUUAAUCUUACAUAUAUUAAUCAUAUUUAAAAAGUUGAUUCUUAAUCAUUUACAAAUGUUAAUUGAUCCUUUUAAUGGAUCAAAUUACAAAAGCUUUGCAAUUUACUAUAUAAAAGACUUUUGAUUUAUUAACAAUUAGGUCACUUUUCCAUUGAUUGUUGAUAAGGUUAAUUAAAUUUUCCUUCCCAUUGUGUUUCAUUAUAAGAUCAUUUCGAUAAUAAUUUGUUACCUCUAAUUUGUUUUCCAACACUAAUUGAUAAUUAUCAUCAUUAAAAUGUUUCGAUUUGUUAUUGUUUCAAUUUUGAUUAUGCUGAUGGCUGGUCAGUUUUGUCGCUGUGAAGACGAGGGUGAAGCGAAAGUCACGGACUCAAAGAAGCCUCGGUCGAGGAUCACUCGUGAAGAAUUGGCUCGACUUCAUCGUGAGGCCAUAAAGGAGCACGAACAUCACCUUGACCUGUUCGAGAAUUCAUUCAGUUCACCCUUGUCAUCGACUCGUAAACCCGUUUGGCCGAAUGGAACCAAACCAGGAUCUACCACAUCCAAGCCACCAAAAAAACCCACGAAAUCACAAUCGACAAACUUAAACUAAAAGAGUUUCAUUGAAAUUUUAAUUCUAAUUCCAAUGGUAAAUUAUGAUAACUAAAAGUGGAAAUUCGAUUUCCUUUCAAUAAAUUUCACAUUCGAACUUAUCAACUAUUAAAAAUUCCGUUCGAUCCAAUUUUCAUAUUCCACUUUUCCCGCUUCUUCAUUUUCUCCUUUCUUUUUGUUUAUCUUUGCAAAUUAUUCCUUGGGUUUGUUGACAGUUUUCUUGUUGAUUUUCGAGUAAUUUUUUUCUGUCAAUUGUGAUCAAGUAAUUUGAAAUUUGAUUGUUCGAAUUGAUAUCAUGUUGGAAUUGUUUUAUUGUGGUUACAAGUCUCAUCUUAAGUUGAUUAGUAAAUCUGAUGAGGGUGAGGGCGAAGAUGGAGAAAAGUCUGAAGAUAAACUAAUUAUCCCUCUUAAUGAGGUUAACUUAUCUGAUGGUAAAUAUGGAAAUCGAGUGAAAAAAGGUUUCAUUGGUUGGUGUUCGUUGUUUAUUAUUACUGAGAGUGGACAUUUACUUUAUUUGGCCUCCGUUCCUGGUCCUAAAAAAGAUCCAGUGAUUCGUGAAUGUAAUCUGACCAAAAGUUGGGAUCUAAAGCGUUUAGAGUGCGGUAAUAAGGAUGUUUUCUUGGUGCUUUCUGAUCGGAAAUUGAAAAGAUGGAGGUCACAAGAGUAUCACACUGAACCUGAGAUCGUUGAUCAAUUAAAUCGAGAUGGAGCAAGAGUACAAGAGAUUAGCAUUGGUUCCAGUUUUGUUUGUGUUCUCAUGGAAGAUGGAACAGUUAUUGGAAUGGAUGAAGAGGAAUCUCCGGUUACUCUGAAAUUACAAAAUUCUGAUGAUGUUUUCGUUUCGGUUUCAUGUGGCCAUGAGCAUAUUCUACUUCUAACAAGAAAUGGCCUCGUUUACUCUUAUGGCCGAGGUACAAAAGGUCAACUUGGCCUUGGUAGUUUGGAAGAUGUUUUCGAUGGACAGAAAGAGAUUGAAGCUCUCAGUGGAAUCAGAAUCAUGCAAAUUUCCGCCGGUGGUUGGCAUUCACUUGCUCUCUCCGAGUUCGGUGACAUUUAUGCUUGGGGUUGGAAUGAAAGUGGACAAUUAGGGAUUGGAAACAACAGUGAAUCUGUCAAAUCAUUGCCGACAUUAAUCAACAUCGAAUCAAUUAAUUUCACCUCCAUUAGCUGUGGUUCUCGUCAUUCAAUGGCCAUUUCGGAAAAUGGUUCAUUAUAUUCAUGGGGCUGGAACAAGUGGGGACAAUUAGGUUUGAAUCCGAAUCAAAUUAAAACUUCAAGUGUCCCGAUUAAAAUUGAUUUCGACCGCAAGGUUACCUCAAUCUCUUGUAAAUAUUGGUCUUCGUUGAUCGAAGUUAUUUGAGAACAAUCAAUAAGAUUAACCAA